AUGCAAGAAACCAACAAGAAUUCGUCGCCACUAAUAAAUGCUUCAUCAGUCAAUGAACUAGUUACUAAGAAUCCGAUGUUGAGUCCUCCAGGAUUGUUCGCUCCGUAUCAACAACAAAAACAUUACAUCAACAAUAUGUUUCAGAGCCGAAUGACAAUAGAGUUGUGUACUCAACUAAACCUUCUCCAAGAGAGAUCUGCUUUGUGUAUUAAAGCGAGAGAUACCUUCAUCGAAGAAGCGAUAGAGAAGAACCGAGAAACGGAGAUGCGUUUGAAAAAAGCUUUAGCAGAAGUAGAGUUUUGGAAGAAGUCGUCUCAUGAGAAAACCGUCUUGUGUAAUGAUAUCGCCUCGAGACUCUUGACUUUGAAGAAGAGAGAAAUGCGGAGGAAAAAGGUUUCGGAGAGGGAUCUUGCAGAGGAGGCUGAGUCGUCUAGUGGGGAUAAUGGAGAUGAUGAUGAUCUUGAUACGGCAAGUUCCCUUAUGUGUAAAUGA